CGACGCAAACGCACGAAUGAAUCGCGAAUCGCGCGUUUCAACAAGAAAAUCCAAAAAACCAUUUGAAAUAUAUAAAGAAAAAUUAAAUAUAUACACCACAUAGAAAGUGAGAGAGUGAGAACGAGAGAGUGGAAGAGAGAGAGCGACGGAAAAUUGAAAUCGUGUUGGGUCUGGAAGUUCAUUGGCAAAUUGGAAUACUCGAUAUUAUUAUCAUUAAUAGCAACAGUUGGAAUAGUUUUUGUAUCGUCGCGACGUAAACAAAAGCUGAAUAAUUAGCUUACAUACGAGAGAUUUGAAUGCAAAAAGAUUGCGAUCAACAUCGAUCAAUCGCAAUAGUACAAUAAAAAUCUCAAAUCGCUUUUCAAGUGUUUCACGUUCCCAUAAGACUUUUCUAAUUGUGUUCAAAAAUGGAAGAGACUCCAUCACUAUUGAAGCGCGCCAGCACCGAUAAACUGCGUGAAGUCUUCCAGAAGUACGCGUCAAUUCAAAAGGAUGGCGAACAGUACAUGACCAGUGAGGAUUUCGUGCGCAAGUUCCUGGGUCUGUUCACAGAGGCGGCUUUCAAUGAUGAAUCUGUUCGCUUGUUGGCCGGCAUUGCAGAUACGAGCAAAGAUGGUCUCAUAUCAUUCUCGGAGUUUCAGGCAUUUGAGGGUUUGCUCUGCGCCCCCGAUGCUCUCUAUAGAACUGCCUUUCAACUGUUCGAUCGCCAAGGCAAUGGCAAUGUCUCAUAUGCUGACUUUGCUGAUGUUGUACAAAAAACCGAACUGCACUCAAAGAUACCUUUUAGCUUAGAUGGUACAUUUAUUAAGCGAUACUUUGGUGAGAAAAAGCAACGCCUUAUCAACUAUGCUGAAUUUACGCAAUUGCUGCAUGAUUUUCAUGAGGAGCACGCAAUGGAGGCAUUCCGCAGCAAGGAUCCAGCUGGCACUGGAUUCAUUUCCCCCUUAGACUUUCAGGACAUAAUCGUUAAGGUUAAGCGGCAUUUACUCACCGCCGAUGUCAAGGAUAACUUGGUGGCGGUCACGGAGGGUCAUCGAGUGAGCUUCCCGUAUUUCAUAGCAUUUACCUCGCUGCUGAACAACAUGGAGCUGAUCAAGCAGAUCUAUCUGUAUGCCACCAAAGGCAGUCGCACUGAGACGGUCACCAAGAACGAGCUGCUCUAUGCGGCACAGACCAUGAGUCAGAUUACUCCACUAGAGAUCGAUAUUCUCUUUCAGUUGACGGGCGCCGUCAAUCAACCAGGCCGCAUCGACUACAGCGACCUGAGCAACAUUGCACCCGAGCAUUAUACGAAACAUAUCACUCACCGACUGGCCGAGAUCAAGGCUGUCGACAGUCCAAGCGAUCGUUCGGCCUUGAUUCAGGUGCUCGAAGCCACCUAUCGCUUUACCUUGGCCUCCUUUGCGGGCGCUACUGGCGCCACUGUGGUCUAUCCCAUUGAUCUGGUCAAGACACGCAUGCAGAAUCAACGCACAGGCUCCAUGAUUGGCGAAGUUGCCUACAGAAACUCCUGGGAUUGCUUUAAGAAGGUCAUUCGUCAUGAAGGCGUGCUCGGUCUCUAUCGUGGUCUGUUGCCCCAGCUCAUGGGCGUGGCACCCGAGAAGGCCAUCAAGCUGACAGUGAAUGAUUUUGUGCGCGACAAGUUCACGGAUAAGCGCAGCAACAUUCCCGUCUGGGGUGAGGUUAUUGCCGGUGGUUGUGGUGGCGCUGCGCAGGUGAUCUUUACCAAUCCGCUGGAGAUAGUCAAGAUUCGUCUGCAGGUGGCGGGUGAAAUUGCUGGUGGCUCGAAGAUAAGUGCCUUAUCCGUGGUGCGUGAGCUGGGCUUCUUUGGUCUCUACAAGGGAGCCAAGGCGUGUCUGCUGCGCGAUGUCAACUUCUCGGCCAUUUACUUUCCCACAUAUGCGCACAUCAAAGGCGCUUUUGCCGACAAGGAUGGCUAUAAUAGUCCAGUGUCUUUGUUGGCUGCUGGUGCCAUUGCUGGCAUACCAGCUGCUGCUUUAGUGACGCCAGCUGAUGUGAUCAAAACACGUCUGCAGGUUGCGGCACGUCAGGGACAGACGACGUACACGGGUCUGUGGGAUGCCACCAAGAAGAUUAUGGCCGAGGAGGGUCCGCGUGCAUUCUGGAAGGGCACAGCUGCUCGCGUUUGCCGCUCAUCGCCACAGUUUGGUGUCACUUUGUUCACCUACGAACUGCUGCAGCGUCUUUUCUACGUCGACUUUGGCGGCAAUCAACCCAAGGGAUCGCAGAGCGCCAAAUUGGCUGUGCCACUGGACAAUACGCUGGGCACAGCGCAACCGCGUGUCGAUCACAUUGGUGGCUAUAACGCAGCUGUUCCUCUACUCGCAGGCAUCGAGUCGAAGUUUGGACUGUAUCUGCCACGAUUUGGACGUGGAGCUGCUGCCACUGGCACAACGAUUGGAUCGGGGACUAGUUCAUGAUUGUAUUGGCGCCAUCGCCUGCAGUGCGCCAGUUAGGUCUAAAGUUGUACAGUUGUUAGCCAUAGAUAUGUAUAGAGAGAGAAGAUGCAUCUAGAAGAUGCGCAAUCUGUUCCACAUGUAAAUACAUAUAUCUUUUGCUAGAACACACAUUUACAUUGGCCCAAAAAAAAAACAAGAAACGAAAAGAGCGAGUAGUUCAGAGUAAUCAAAUCAGAUUCCCCAA